CCGCGGCCGCUCAGUUGCUCGGCGGACGGCGAGAUCAUCGAGCGUGUUGGAAUGUUUGCUGCUAAUUGAUGCUCAGAAGCCGGAGUGUGUGGAUCACGCGUUAGUCUCGCUGUUUCCGGACGAAACAUAGUGCUCUGCGAUCGUCUAGUAGAAAAGGUGACGCCCAGGAUGGACUAUUUAACGCGGUGAAGCGAACUUAGCAUUGAGCGUGAUAUAGUUAAUUGUGUUUCUCGGUUUGGUAUCUCAUCGGGGUGUGUGCGGACUGUUGCCCUUUUCCCUGCGCGAGUGAUAAGUGCAACCGCAACGCAAUCAUGACGGCGGAAUCGUUGAAACCGUUUCUCAAUCUACCGAACGCGACCGCGAACGAGCUGAAGGCAAAGUGUGCACGGAAAUCGACCGCCAAGUGUGCCCUGGCAGUACUGGGAUAUACGCUCGUGGUAGCAUUCUGCUGCACAGUCAUUGGCGUAGAGGUCUGGCAUUUGAGUGUGACCGAUGCGCUGCAACGUGAAGUCGACGAUCUGAAGCUGCAGCUGAAGGAACUGUCGAUGCCGCGAGCGGGCGAUUUCAACGAUUAUGAGUUUGAUAACGAACUGUUCGACCACGGCGACGAAUACUCGACUGCGUACGAGUCGGAGGACUUUGACACGCAGCCAAGGGAUGAUGGUGGCGAUGCCGGCGAUGAUGAUGCCGACAGCGAGGACGAUGGCGAUGACGAGGACAGUUCACUGGUCGGCACGGGAGUCCUCGGUCGGUCGGAGUACGCAGAACUGGAUGGGGAGAACGAAGAAGAAGCAGAAGGAGAGCUGUUAGAAGCAUGGCGUAAGCCGAUGGCCACCGGUGACACCAACGGUGCAGCCACCAACGAGGACGACCUACGGUUCGCUGAUGAUGCGAGCGCCGGCGAGGACAUCAGUGUAUCGGGUGGGACCGUGCGACGUGCACGAUCCAUUUCCGGUGUCACGCACCAGGGCGUACCGAUCGUCGAUGAACCGUACGUACCGCGGCGGAACCGUUCCCGGCGACCGCACCGGAUUUACGAGCAGCUGCGCCAACGGCCGGAAGAGCUCGUGACGCCACCCUCCACAUCCGACAUGUUCCGCUGGGAUGUCGAAAGCAGCAGCAGCAGCAGUUCCAGACAGUCGGCGGUGGCGGUCCCUCAUCACGCACCCACUCAACAGUACGGAUCGAUCAGCAUCAGACCGUUCCACCACCAGGACCAGGCUCACGGUCGCCGGGAAGGACAUCAUCACCAGGGUACCACUCCACCAAUGUCGGCUGCCUACGAAUCGAGUGCACGGCAUGGUUACGCACGCAAUCAGCUGAACGCAGCUCCAACGACCAGCGCUCCGGCCGCGAUCCUGAAUCGCCACAGCCGAGUGCAGGCCACCAGUGUGGACCAGGGAAGUGGCAGCCAACGGGCAGCACUACUGCAACAGACGCGAUUCCCCAAGGUGGUUGGCAAUCCAGGAACACAAAAGGAGAUUGUCAUGACACCGGAAACGCGCGUGCGGAUGCGUACCCGUAAGGCUGGCACCGCACAGAACGGUGGUGAACCGGUGGCCAAGGGUGUCCAUCUGGUGAAGCAGUUCGUGCACGGUGUGCGCCAUCGGAACACCCGGCACACGCACUGGCAGGCGAGCGGUGAAGCGAACAAGCACUCUGUCCUUUCGCGCAUCUUCACCUUCGAUGGUGAACAGCUGACGGUCAAUGAACCCGGUCUCUACUACGUGUAUGCUCAGAUAACGUACGACAACCAGCAUGACGUCAACGGGUUUAAGGUGCUGAUCGGUGGCCAGAAGCAUCUGUCCUGUACCGUGCAUGCCCGGGGCGAGAACACCAACACCUGCUUUACGGCCGGAUUGGCGGAAAUUUCGACCGCCGGUACGCCCAUUGCCAUCGAGGACGUCGAUCAUGGCCGUCAGCAUGUGAUGUACCCGGAGAAGACGUUCUUCGGUGCGUUCAAGGUGGGCCGGCUGCCACCGGCGCAGGUGGCCAAGCGGAAUGUCUAGAGAGGACAACGACGACGUGCCAUCACGGCAGUUUUGACCCUGUAUCCCCUGUAUCCCCUGUAUUAUGAACGCGUACACUCGAGGCACAGGCUGUAAUUGCAACGUACCUGUAGUUAUGUUAGAUGGGUUUUGAAAUGAGAUAAGGAGAGAGUGAAGGUGAGAGAGGGGGGCAGUGGGAGGUGCGGCAGCGAUGGGAUGAAGUGUGAAAGCAUUUUGGGUGGCACUGGAGUGGCCACCGGAAUGCCGAGAGCCAUAUUAGUGUGUGUAUUUAUUACUUUCUUACUAAAAUACCGCGCCCUUUGUAGUACUCGUUAAGUCGUCUCUUCAUCUCUUUAGUGUUUGUGUUUAACCACCAUCUUCUUCUUCUUCUUCUUGUUCUUCUUCUUGUCGCCUAUGAGCACGCUUAUCCGUUGUAUAUGCAUGGCACCGACCGAUCGGUACAUAAUCGUUUGUGAUAUUUUCCUGCGAAACCCGGAACGGAACAUCUCCGUGGUGGUCGAGAUACGGGGCCGUGUAAGAAGUGAGCCCGCCUCGAACCCUCCCCAGUAUCGAUUGCACCAAGAGUGGAUGCUGGACCCUUAAAAGUGGUGCCAGGUCUAGCGCAUAUUCUCCGCCAAUAAAGAUGUUCUCGCUCGCUGAA